AUGGCGGCCGCUAUACACUUUCUGUACCUGUCUCUCGCUAUCUUUCCAUUCUUUGCAGCAGCAUCGCCCUGGAUCGUCACUGAGCACUAUGAAGAAGUUGUCACCGUCGAGCCCGCGUAUACUGACCGCUACGACGACUACACCGAGCCGGCCAGGACGUAUACUGAGCUAUACACGGUGACGGCGCCGUCUGGACCAGCCAUCUCAACGGCCACCAUCACGAGAACUGAUGACUCGUAUUAUGAAAACGGUGAUUCCUACACCAUCAUCCAGCUUCUGCACCCGUACAACGCCGCCGACGUGGCCACCACCACAAUAGACUACUACGCCAGCGCAAGAGCCACAUCCACUGGCUACAUCUAUACAAACUACGUCGUCAACAUCGCCUACUCAGCACCCACCUCCUGCAGCUCCUCGUGGGUCUACACCACUGCUGUGCCAGUGUCCCCACCAUACGAGAUUGAGAACGCCCUCGUCCCGACUUCCGUCUCGACGAGUUACUACGUCGAAAACGGCCGCCCGUUCCAGGCCUCGACCAUCACCGAGGAGUACCUGUUCAUCGACCCUACCCAAGUCCCCGCCGCAAGUCUAUCAUCACUCAGCUCGGUUUACGGGCCAUACCCAACAUCAUCAUGCUCUGACCCAAACUCGUCUGACGAGAGCUCUGGCACUUCCUCCUCCUCAUCCUCGUCAGCCACCUACGUCCCAUCCUCAGACGAUAGCUGCUAUUACUACUACUACUACUGCAGCUACUCCCAAUGGAUCAACGACCCUUACCCGCUCGGUAUCUCGCCGCUAGCCAUCAUCCUCAUCAGCGUACUGGGCUGGUCUGCCGUGAUCUUCGUCGCGGGCCUGUUCGAGAACUACUUCCACUUCCAGCGGCUCAUGAAAGGCUGGCAGGCGCGUCGCGGGCUGCCGCUGACAUGGUGGUUCUGGAUCUUCCCGGUCACCUGCCUGAUCUGCCUGGGGUUCAGCCGCAGGGGCUUCCAGGCGCGGUCCGUCGAAGACGCCGCUGAGCUGCGCAAGAAGUGGGAGGAGAUGAGCUUCUGGAAGAAGAAGCAGCUGUGGCUUCGCUAUGGGUUUGCCUUUGGGUAUCCGUCUAUGCUGGGCCCUGCGCCACCGCGUGUUGGCCGGCCGUCGCCGGAACCGUUGCCAACGCAGCCCCUGCUGCAAGUGUCUCCGCCGCCGAGCGAGAAUGGCGCCGUGAGCCGCCAGCCCUCGACGACUGGGGAGGGGGAUAGGGAUGUGGAUGUUGAGGCGGCGGCGGCGCCGAGUGCGCGUACGACACCCGAAAUGUCAAUGUCGGGGGGUCUGCCGGCGGCUCAGUCGCUGCAGGUUCCAUCGAGGGCGGCGCCGCAGGUUACGAAUAGACCGGCGCCAGCGAUCCCUGAGGAAGAGGAGAUUACUGAGGUGGCGGCUCCAGUGGAGGAGCGAGCAGUCGCUGAGAAGCAUGCAGAGGAGGUAGAGAAGCGGGAGCCGUGA